ACCAUAUUAGUGGUCUAAAUGUGUAGCAGAAGAAAAGUAAAACCAUAUUUUUUUAAAUAUAUAACAAGUUACUAGUAUUAAAAAAUGGCAAAUAAUUCAUUUGAAGAAGUCGAAAUUAAAAAUGAAAUAUUCGAAGAUGAUACAAUGCAAGAUGGGCGAAUCAAAAAUGAAAUUCAAGAACACAGCAAAAGUGUAAAAUUGGAAGAAAUGCUAGAAAACAGUAGUGAUUUUAAACAUGAAAAUGAUACAAUUAACAACGAAAAUGAAGGAAUACAACCUGAAAGUCAAUUGAAUACAGAUUGCAUUAUUAAAAAUGAAUUACCAAGUGUUGACACUGAAGAUCAACGGCCAUUUUUGUGUAAUAUUUGUAACAAAACAUUUAGUAAUAAAAGUAAUUUAGUUGAACAUAAAUGUACUCAUACCGAAGAAAAUGUAUUUCCAUGUGAUAAGUGUAAUAAAAUAUUUCAUAGACAUAAAAGUUUAGUUCAACAUAAAAUGAUACAUUCAGACGAUAAACCAUUUUCAUGUGACAUUUGUAAUAAAUCAUUUCACAGAAAUUGGAUUUUAGUUAAACAUAAAAAAUCACACACGGGUGAAAAACCAUUUUUAUGUGAUAUGUGUGAUAAAAAAUUUGUGAAUAGAACUCAUUUAAUCGAACAUAAACGAACUCAUACGGGUGAGAAACCACUUUUAUGUAGUAUGUGUAAUGCAACAUUUAAUCGAAAAAGUAGUUUAAUUCAACAUAAAAUGUCACACACUGGUGAAAAACCAUUUUCAUGUGAUGUAUGUGAAAAAGCAUUUAAACGGCAUUACAGUUUACUUGAACAUAAACGAAUACAUUCGGGGAAAAAACCAUAUUUAUGUGAUAUUUGUAGUAAAGCUUUUACGAGUCGAAGUAAUUUAAUCCAACAUAAACGUCUUCAUAGUGGUGAAAAAUCAUAUUUAUGUGAUAUUUGUAGCAAACCAUUUCACGAUCGGAGUAGUUUAGUUAAACAUAAACGAUUUCACACGGGAGAAAAACCAUUUUUAUGUGAUAUAUGUAAUAAAACAUUUUCGUGUCAAAGUAAUUUAUAUAAACAUAAAUUGCAUCACACGGGAGGGAAAACAUUAUCACGUAAUAAAUCUGGUGAACACAAAGGAAGAGGGGAACCUUCAUUGCCAGUUAUUAAACAAUUAAAUACAGAAGAAGUCACUAUUAAAAAUGAAGAUAAAGUUACUAUACAAGAUGCACAGAUUAAAAAUGGAAUAUUGGAAGAAAGAAACAGUGAUAGCAUGGAAGAGAUGCCAGAUAAUAAAAGUGAUAUUAGUUGGGAACCUGAAGAAAAUGAAAAAAAAUUAAAUAUAGAAAUGUUAUCCAUUAAAGAUGAAAUAUUAGAACCGAAUGUUCAAAUACAAAUUGAAGAACAACCACUUUUACCUCCAAAAUUUACUAAAAAAGGUUCAAUUAAACAAAAACGUAUUUGUACGGGAGAAAAAUUAUUUAUAUGUGAUAUUUGUAAUAAAGUUUUAACGAGUCGAAAUCAUUUAAAAGAACAUAAACGUCUUCAUACUGGUGAAAAACCAUAUUUAUGUGAUAUUUGUAGCAAAUCAUUUACGCAUGGGACUACUUUAGUUAAACAUAAACGAUCACAUACGGGAGAAAGACCAUUUUUAUGUGAUAUCUGUAAUAAAACAUUUACGUGUGAUAGUCAUUUAAAAGAACAUAAACGGACUCAUACUGGUGAGAAACCAUUUUUAUGCGAUAUUUGUAGCAAGUCAUUUACACAUGGGAGUAGUUUAUUUAAACAUAAACUGACUCAUAGCGGAGAAAAACCAUUUGUAUGUGAUGUUUGUAAUAAAAAAUUUAGUAGGCAACAUGAUUUAGUUCAACAUAAACGGACUCAUAGUGGAGAAAAACCAUUACUUGAAAAGAAAUUUUCAUGUGAUAUUUGUAACAGGGCAUUUAAUAAGAAAAGUAAUUUAAGUAAACACAAGUUGAUUCACAGUGGUGAAAAGCCUUUUUCAUGUGACAUUUGUAGUAAAUCAUUUUCAGAUAAAAGUAAUUUAAGUAAACAUAAACGGGGUCAUAUUAAGACUGAGGUAACACGAGCUCAAUCGAUUUUAACACACGUUUUUUCAACUGUACGUUUAUUAGAAUGACAGAGUGUUAAAUAAAGCUCUAAUAAGAUGCCUUGGAAUCAAGCAAUG